AUGGGCUGCGCGGAGUUUGUCAAGAUAUGUUUGGAGAGUGAGAGGCUUAUGGAAUUGAACCAACUUGCUGGUGAAACCCCUCUGUUCCUCACGCUGAUGAAUUUGCGAGGAUCGACGCUUUCACAUUGGAGAUGGUUUCGACUCACCAAAACUGGAGUAAUGGCAUUCCAAUACGGCGAUCCGCCCGAAUUUGCGGAGAAAAUGUUUUUACAGCAAUACGAGGGGGUGAAGGAUGGGGAAAGUCUCGUGCGAGCUGAGAUACAAUUGGAUUUUCCUGAGGACUUUUACCAAUACGUGAGUGAUGAGGUUAGAGAGAUGCUCGAUCAAAUUGCCCUACGAGUGAUGAUGGUUUUGGCGGACAGAAGCAGUGAUGUUGUGUCUCUUCAAGAGGAGGAAAAGGAGAAAUAUAAAAAUGAGUAUGACAAACUGCAUCGCGCAGUAGCAGAAAGUUACGCUUCGGAAAAUGAGUUGCUGAGGAAAGCGAAGGAGUUGAAUAUUGAAUUAACACAGGGAAUGAUCGAGGUUGAAAAACUGAGUAUAGGGCAAGCGGACGAUGUUGCAGCGAUUAAAGAAAUGAAAUCAGCUUUGAGAGAAUUGACGACGGAGGUUCAAACGGCUGCUGAGAAGGAGGCGGUUUGUAUGUUGCAGGCGUUGGAGGUCUCCAACGACCUCGUUUCGGUUAAAGAAGAUAUGGACGAUCAAGAGGCUUAUGAAAGGAGUCUGCUCCAGCAGCAUGUGGAAAAGCUGAAUAGUGUCUCGAGUGAAGCUUCUAAUAAACUGUCAAAAUCGAGGGAAGGAAAGGCGGCGGUUGAGGCUGGAAUAAAAGAGCUGGAGCAGGAAAUGGCAGAAUUGAAGGAAAAGGUGAAGAUAGAAAAGGAUGGUUUGAAAGAAGCUGUGGCAGAAUUCGAGAGAAUUGGGAGAGAACCGGAAAGGCUGGCCCAAGAAAUUGCGAGAAAUUUGGAAAAGUUGGGGAAAAUCAAAACAGCGAUCGAAAAUGAAAAAAAGGAAAUUAAAAAGGCACAUGUGAAAGUCGAAAAACACGAGGAAACGAUUAAAGAGCUGAAGGAAGAGGGCCGACCGUUGAAAAUGAGGAUACAAAAUAUUGAGGAUACUGAUCUUGAUAAGGAGAUGCUCACAGCGAAGAUUCGUCUGUUGGAGGAGAGGUUGAAUGAUAAGAAAGCUGUUUUGGUGGAAAAAUUUUAUUUAAAAAUCUCUAACUGUGGGGAGGUGGAGCCUCCCCAAUUCUCCAUGCCUUCGGUGAUGUGCUUUGCCGACGUUUUCUGGUCGAAGAAGUUUGGCUUCGAGAUCGUAUUCUGCUUAACAUCAAUUGAUGUGGAUUGA